UGUAUAUUCUACUGUGUUUCUCUGCAGUCAGAGGUCCAUGGCAGAUAUCUGGGAGGCACAGAGGACAGGAUCAGCUGCUUUGCCCAGACUGCAUCAGUGGCUGAAAAAUGGAGUGUUCACAUUGCCAUGCAUCCUCAGGUGAACAUCUUCAGUGUGACCAGGAAGCGUUAUGCCCACCUGUCAUCCAAGGUGGAUGAGGUCUCUAUAGACCGCGACGUCCCGUGGGGGGUGGACUCCCUGAUCACCCUGGUGUUCAGAGACCAACGCUACCACCUGCAGACGUCUGAUAACCGCUUCCUGAAGAACGACGGCAGCCUGGAGGCCACGCCGGACAAGACCACCGGAUACACGCUGGAGUUCCGCUCCGGCAAGGUGGCGUUCAGGGAUUGUUCCGGGCGCUACCUGGCACCGUCGGGCCCGAGCGGGACCAUGAAGAGCGGGAAGACUAGCCGCGUGGGGAAGGAUGAGAUGUUCUCUCUGGAGCAGAGUCACCCUCAGGUGGUUCUCACCGCCAGCAACGAGAGGAACGUCUCCACCAGGCAAGGCAUGGACCUGUCAGCCAAUCAGGACGAGGAGGGAGACCAGGAAGUGUUCCAGGUGGAGAUGAGUCGUGAGAACAGGAAGUGUGCUUUCCGGACCGCCGCCGGGAAGUACUGGACCCUCACCUCUUCUGGAGGACUACAGUGUACCGCCUCCACUAAGACUACCAACUGUUACUUUGACAUGGAGUACUGUGGUAAGAAGCUGACUCUCCGUGCCGCCAACGGGAAAUACGUCGCAGCCAAGAAGAACGGACAGCUAGCCGCCACCGUUACGUUUGUCAGUGAGUCGGAGGAGUUCCUGAUGAAGCUGAUUAACCGUCCAAUCAUCGUCCUCCGUGGGGAACACGGUUUCAUCGGGUGUCGUAAGGUCACAGGAACCCUGGACUCCAACCGUUCCUCGUAUGACUACUUUACCCUGACCUUCAGAGAGGGGACGUACAGCUUACAGGGUUAACUCGACGGGAAGUUCUGGAUGGUUGGCAGCGAGGCGUCGGUGGUGAGCAGCAGUGACGACCCCGUCGACUUCCUGUUAGAGUUCUGCGACUACAACAAGGUCGCUAUCCGCUCCGUCGCCGACGGGAAGUAUCUCCACGGCGACCACGCCGGCGUCUUGAAGGCCAACGCCGACGACCUGAGACCCACGCUCUGGGAGUACUGACCCCCUUCCCGAGACCCCGUUACUACGACAACGAAGCGGCAGCAUCCCUAACUCCUCCCUCUAUCCCUCCAUCCUUCUCUCAACUCUGUCCUAACCCCUCCCAGACCAGGGCUGUGUUCAGUGGGGUAAAAUGUUCACGAUAUGGGGAAUGUAAAGACCUAGAGCUGACCCCAUUAUCUGUUUUCACUUGAUAAUGAAUCCCGUCUCAUCUACAUCACACGUUUCUAUGUGCUCUGAACUGGACCUUUUUUUGUGUGAACUGGACAAAGGAGGGAGAGAAAGAGCUGGGGGAGGUUAUGUCCUAAUGUAAAGGCUUUCUUCGCCUCCUUUCCCUCCUUUUCUCUCUCUGCCUUUUCUCCUUCUCCUUUUCCCUCCUUUUCUCUCUCUGCCUUUUCUCUCUCUGCCUUUUC